AUGAGCAGCUUCUUAGAUUACUCCGUGACGAGCGGAGACGGCACGGCCUGUGCCGCCGGAGCGCUUUAUCCAGAUCACAGAGCGACUGCUUCCCCAUCUUGCGCUGUCACGGCUAAUAACCGUGUGGAUGGUGAGCGUCUUAUCGCGGCCAGGGGGUCAUCUGGUGCCCUCGCGCCUCUUCCACAGCAGCCGGGGUCCUACCAGCCGCAAGGCCCCUUGGGUAUUACAUAUGCCACCCACCACGGCGGUGGCUCCAGCUACGGUCAGUACGCGCUGAACCCGGAGCUCGACUCCUGCGCCGGGAACCGGCCCUGCGGCUCUAUCGUUUACUCCGGGACAUUUGAUCCACGUGGCUGCGGCGGAGGCGCAUCCCUGAACCAACUCCAGGGCACCCGCGCCGCGUACGGGCACGAGCAGCCCGGUCCGUGCUGCUCGCCGCUGUCCGCGUGCCCCGCUCCGGCGCAGACCUUCCGCUGGAUGAAAGUGAAGAGAACCGGCAGGCCCCCCCCCAGCGCGGUCCGGACCAACUUCAGCACGCGGCAGCUGACGGAGCUCGAGAAAGAGUUCCACUUCAACAGGUACCUGACGCGCGCGCGGCGCGUGGAGAUCGCGGCGGCGCUGCAGCUGAACGAGACGCAGGUGAAGAUCUGGUUCCAGAACCGGCGCAUGAAGCAGAAGAAACGCGAGAGGGACGGGCAGCUGCCCCAGCGCCCGUCCGGACCGGCGGAGACCGAGGGGAAGGCGGGGGACGCCCUCCAAAAGGCGCUCUCUGCCCGACGCACGCCAUCGCCAGCUUCGCCCACGGGAUCCGCCUAG